AUCAGGAAGUGAGAUGAACUGAGUUUCCUGGUUGUUUCGGGCUGGUUGGACUCUGUUGUUUCCCCUCUCGACUCACAUUUAUAGCUUAUCGCUUGUUUAGUGCUCCUCACGGUGCUUUUCUGCGAUGGCCAGUUCAUUUCCCAGCGUGUCCGAGCUGGAAGCGACCGCUCGGCGCGUGUACGGGCAGGUGUUCGGGGAGGAGCCUCCUCAGGUGGCCGUAUGCGCCCCAGGAAGAGUCAACCUGAUAGGGGAGCACACCGACUACAACCAGGGAUUUGUGCUUCCAAUGGCACUGCCCCUGGUCACCGUGGUGGUGGGGAGCCAAACCUCUGGCCCAGAUGUUACCGUGGUAACAGCGACAGAGGAUGCUGAUGAGCCUCGAAGAGUGGACUUUAGCCUGCCCAGUGAUGGAGCCCCUCUGUCUCCAGGGUUACCUCGGUGGGCAAACUAUGUGAAGGGUGUUAUACAGCACUACAAGGCUCCUCCUCUCCCAGCUUUCAGGGCGGUGGUCGCCAGCAGCGUCCCUCUGGGUGGGGGGCUGUCCAGCUCUGCCUCUCUGGAGGUGGCCUUCUACACCUUCCUCCAGCAGCUUAAACCAGAUGAUGGAGACAAAGUGUCCAAAGCUUUAUCCUGUCAGCAGGCUGAACACACUCAUGCUGGAGUACCCUGCGGCAUCAUGGAUCAGUUUGUGUCGGUUCUCGGCUCAGAGGGACACGCCUUGCUGAUCGACUGCAGGUCCCUAGAGGCCACCCCGGUCCCUCUGACAGAUCCAGGCCUGGUCAUCCUCAUCACCAACUCUAAUGUGAGGCACUCCCUGACUGGCAGUGAGUACCCAACGAGACGGAGGCAGUGUGAAGAGGCUUCCUCUGUCCUGGGGAAGGACAGUCUCAGAGAUGCUACCAUCAGAGACUUGGAGGAGGCGAAGGGAAGGCUGGCUGACGUUGUGUAUCGACGAGCUCUCCAUGUGGUGGAGGAGAUCCAGAGGACUGUCAAAGCUGCUGAAGCUCUGCAGAAAGGAGCCUACAAGGAAUUUGGGAAGCUGAUGGUGGAGAGUCACAACUCUCUGAGAGAUCUGUACGAGGUGAGCUGCAGGGAGCUGGAUGAGCUGGUCUCUGCAGCCAUGGAGGUGGAAGGGGUGUUUGGCAGUCGGAUGACAGGUGGAGGAUUCGGGGGAUGCACGGUGACUUUGCUGCAGGCCCACGCCAUCGACAAGACCAUACUUCACAUACAGGAGCGAUAUGGUGGAACUCCGACUUUCUACGUCACCACUCCUUCAGCUGGGGCUCGGGUUCUCACCAUGUCCUGACCUCCGUCUGCAUCUCCGCUGUAUAACACACACAUUACUCUUCACAGUCUUAAUCAUCUAAUUUGUUUUACCUUUUUUAAUGAAAAUGAGCUGGAACACACUGAAAAUCAUGCCGUUAACACGAAGACUGCAAACAGCCUGAGAGAUUUUAUUAAAGAAUUUCUUCCACAUG